AUGUUUGUCCAAUUGCCAUUAUUGGAUCAGAAAAACGACAAUGUAGAUGGUAAGUGAACCAAUAUGAACCAUAUUUUUGUAGUUUGAACUCACACCACAGUUAUCACUCCCCAUUUAUCCCCAAUUUAAUCCCAAUUUCUCCCCAAAUAAUCCAUUUCCUCCAUUUCAGUGGCUCACACUCUUCCUUUUUUCCAUAUUUUGCCACCAUACCCACUUCGUCUUUUUCUAUACUUACAUAUCCCCCACACACAUUUCUCCUCAUUCUUCCACUUCCUCUGCUUCUUCUCCCAAAAGGGUUCGACCAAGAACCCUAAUUUGUUCAAGAUUAAGUGAUUUAACGAAGAAUCAUGUCGCGCAAAGCAUUGGAUUAUGAUCAGAUCAAUGAGAAUGUGAAGAAAGCCCAGUACGCUGUAAGGGGCGAGCUGUAUCUUCGUGCUUCCGAGCUUCAAAAGGAGGGCAAGAAGAUUAUCUUCACCAAUGUGGGCAAUCCUCAUGCCCUGGGGCAGAAACCUCUAACAUUCCCUCGUCAGGUGGUUGCGCUUUGCCAGGCUCCGUUUCUUCUUGAUGAUCCGAAUGUCGGGCUUUUGUUCCCGGCUGAUGCAAUUGCAAAAGCAAAAUUGUACCUUUCUUAUACAUCAGGGGGUCUAGGUGCUUAUAGUGAUUCCCGUGGUCUUCCUGGAAUAAGGAAAGAAGUUGCUGAAUUCAUCGGGAGGCGUGAUGGAUAUCCGAGUAAUCCGGAGCUCAUAUAUCUGACCGAUGGUGCCAGUAAAGGAGUAAUGCAGAUCUUGCAAACUGUUAUUCGUGGUAACGGUGACGGGAUUCUGGUUCCGGUCCCUCAGUAUCCACUAUACUCAGCUGCUAUCUCUCUGUUUGGUGGUUCACUUGUACCGUAUUACCUUGAAGAAAAUGCUAAUUGGGGUCUCGAUAUCGACAACCUACGCCAGUCGGUUGCAGAAGCGCGCUUCAAAGGAAUAACCGUAAGGGCAAUGGUGAUUAUUAACCCUGGAAACCCGACCGGACAAUGUCUUAGUGUCGAUAAUCUCAAGGAAAUACUGAGAUUCUGUCACAAAGAGAACUUGGUCUUGCUUGGAGAUGAAGUUUAUCAGCAAAAUGUUUAUCAGGAUGAACGUCCGUUUAUAAGUUCCCGAAAGGUACUGUUGGACAUGGGCCCACCAAUUAGCAAAGAACUUCAGCUUGUUUCGUUCCACACUGUGUCGAAAGGAUUCUUGGGCGAAUGCGGACAACGUGGUGGAUACUUUGAGAUGACAAACAUCCCACCAGAGUCGGUUGAGGAGAUAUACAAAGUUGCAUCGAUUUCACUCAGUCCCAAUGUUCCUGGGAUGAUAUUCAUGGGAUGUAUGGUCAGCCCUCCAAAGCCUGGUGAUAUCUCAUAUGAUCAGUAUCUUAGAGAGAGCACGGGCAUCCUUGAAUCACUAAGGAAGAGAGCACACAUGAUGACAGAUGGAUUCAACAGUUGCAAAAAUGUUGUUUGUAAUUUCACAGAAGGUGCCAUGUAUUCAUUUCCGCAAGUUAAACUACCUCCAAAAGCCAUUGAAGCUGCGAAGCAAGCCGGAAAGGUUCCGGAUGUUUUCUAUUGCCUUAAGCUUCUAGAAGCCACCGGCAUUUCGACUGUCCCUGGUUCAGGGUUUGGUCAAAAGGAAGGGGUUUUCCACUUGAGGACAACUAUCUUGCCAGCUGAGGAGGACAUGCCUGCAAUUAUGGAAAGUUUCAAGAAGUUCAAUGAUGCAUUCAUGGAUCAAUAUGAAGGCAAUUCAUGGUACUCAAGGAUGUAAGGUGUGCAUGUUUUACCGCUAUCUAUCGGUAUAUAAUAUGCGUAUGUAUGUAUAGUUCACCUGAACUUGUUAUCCGUUACUUGUUCUUAUUAUUGUUUUCGAACUUUCAACGUUUCGUAUUAUCUGUUGAUGUCUGUACUCACUCACUCCAGCAUUUUCAUUCACAUACUUAAUUAACCAAGUUUCGGUUCUCUUUA